CUAGGGUUUCAGUUGCUUCCUUUACACACACACAGAGACAAAAAAAAUGCCGGCAGGACAUGGAUUAAGGUCUCGUACUAGAGAUUCAUUUUCUCGUGCAUUUAGAAAGAAGGGUGUUAUCCCACUUUCGACUUAUUUAAGGAUAUUCAAAAUUGGAGAUUAUGUUGAUAUUAAGGUUAAUGGUGCAAUUCACAAAGGAAUGCCACACAAGUUCUAUCAUGGUCGUACUGGUCGUAUUUGGAAUGUUACCAAACGCGCCGUUGGUGUCGAAGUUAACAAACAGGUUCGUAACAAAAUCUUAAAAAAGAGGAUCCAUGUGAGGAUUGAACACAUUCAGGCUUCCCGGUGCACUGAAGAAGUCAAAGAAAGGAUCAAGAAGAAUGACCAGCUAAAGGCUGAGGCCAAAGCCAGAGGAGAGGUCGUCAGCACGAAAAGGCAACCCGCAGGACCCAAACCAGGAUUCAUGGUUCAAGGCACUACAUUGGAGACGGUUACCCCCAUACCAUAUGAUGUGGUCAAUGAUUUGAAGGGAGGCUAUUGAUUUUUAACUCUGUUUAUGUGCUUUUAUGAAAUUGAAAGACAGGAUUAGUUUUUUGGUGUUACCUCAGACUCUGGUUUUUAUUUCGAAAUUUUGUUUACAAUAUCAGUUGAGGCCUUCAUUGAACUUGUUGCUCCAAAUGGAAGUGCGAAAUUAUCUGUUA